GCGCAAUUGCGAAAGUCCAGUAGAGCCAUAUGGCUUCUGCAUUCUGCCCAUGGCUUAUGGAUUUUCAAUCUACAUAAAAAUCCAUAAGCCAUAUUCCAUGGCAUAACAAACACAGAAGCGUGCGUGAUUGUACCACUGUUGAUUACCUGCAACUCAAAAGAAUAGGAUAUACAUUUUAACAGACAGAUCUUGCCGUUAUAGACAUGGACAACGAUCAUACGGAUUACUGUCGACGAAGCAAUAAUUCAAGGAAUUUCGAAGACUGUGGAAUGCAAGAAAAUUUGGAUCCUCAAGUGGUACUGCAAAAUCAAGAAGAGCGAGGUUUUGAUGAAAUCUUGAUAGAUGCGGUUAAAAGCUAUCCGCAUCUGUACGAUACAAGCUGCAAAGACUACCGCGAUGCCAUUAAAAAAGAGAACUCCUGGGUGGAGAUAGCCGGAGUUUUGAAUGCGACUCCUCAAAUUUGCUCCACUCGUUGGACUCGAUUAAGGGAAUCUUACUCGAAAGAAAAAAAAAAAAAAAAUACUGAGAAUAAGAGCGGAAGUGGAGCGGCUCAACGGCGAGGAUUCGUACACUUCGAAGCCAUGCGAUUUAUAGAUAAAUUCGUAAAAACUCGAUCAUCGGUCAGCAAUGUCAAGAUGACACAACCAUUCAGUUCAACUCAUCAGCAAAGCGAGAGUCGAAAUCAGGCAAUCUCAAAAUGGGUGCAGCAGCAAGGCGAUUUCACUUCGGAAAUCCACAGCAGUUCAUCGCAACAAGAUAUCAUCAAUGUAUCGGAAUCAACAAAUCGACCGACUCCAUGCACGACACCCGAAGUGAUGAAUUUUGAGGAAGCGUCAUCAUCAUCGUCUUUUUCAACAGAUUUCACUGUGAACGAGUUUGAAAAUCGAUCAGCGUCCACGUCGAAUGAAUCAUCAUAUCAGUCUCCACUAGCGUCACCCACAAUACAUGAAACUCCCAACACUUUCAAGAAACCACCAUCAUAUACGAAGGGCAGAUUUAAUCCAUAUAUAACGAUAAAAAAAGACUUUAAAAAAAAAGAAGCAGAGAAUGAUGAAUUUGAAGCAUCUUUCAUUAAUUUUAAUAAGGUAGUUACAGCGCAUUUGGUAAAUAAGAAAAAACCUGAACAAACAUGUAGCGAUCACGACCAUUCUUUCGGCAAUUUAAUUGUGACAGAAUUGAAUAGAAUGAAGGAGGAUGAAAAAAUCAAUAAAAAACGAGAAAUCCUGAAAAUUUUAUGGCAGAAUAGUAGCCCCAAAAAAGAUUAG